AAUUCUUUACUUUAGGCAUAAAAGGCUGGCGUUUCUUGUUCUCAGCAGUCACCGAAACUUCAUAGAAAAACCCUUCACAAGCUUUUCCUUCACAGCAACUGGAUAAACAUGAGUGCAGCAGAUCAAGCAGUACAGUCAGGGUCAUACACAUACACUGCUACAGUGACACAGACCACCACAACUCGGACCUCAUGGUUCCCUAGCAUAAAGCCAGGCUUUGAUCACACGUACUUUAGAAGCAUUGAAGGAAUGCUCAGAGUAGCAUCACUUAUUGUGACCAUACUCUUCUUUAUUCUGACCAUCGCCGAUUACCGCAGUGGAGGUGAAUGGUAUAAUGGAACUCUGGCACUCUGGUGGAUCGUGUAUGCAAUCAUAACUAUCAUCAUUGAAGUUGUACUGAUAGGAAUAUUUGUCCAUAGACUCAUUGAUGGAAUCAUAUGCUUCAUAUAUGCUGGUUGUUUUGUGCUCGCUGUUCUGAUAGCUAUCGUCGAUGCUGCAAGGUUUAAAGCUGUUGUGCUUGGAGUUUCUGCUGCAUUUGGAGUAGUUGCUACCAUAUUGAUUCUAUUGAACGCAAUAUUUGCCCUCAGGACAUGGAAAACUCAUGAAAAUGGAAAGAAAGGAUCUGUUCCCAUUUUUAUCAUUUAGACCAAGACCAAAAAAUAAAGACAAACCAGACCGUAUAAUUGUAAUGUUGAUGAGUAAUUUCAUGCAUAUAACAUUUAAACUUAAACUUCAUUGUUUUACCAAUGCUACUUAACUAUUUUAGCUCACACUGUUUUGUUGUUAAUAAAUAUAAUUUUGUUAUGAUUUGAAA